AUGGUGGAGCGCAGAAAAUUCCGUCAGCGUUCUCAGCUGCCGGACGAAGGUAUCAAGGAAUACGUGACUGCUCUUCGAGGUCUCGCCAUUCCCUGCAAUUACGGGACUAUGCUUGACGAAACGCUACGGGACCAACUUGUGGACAAGGCCCUCCUGCCCCAAGUACGCGAGCGACUUUUACUGGAAGGAUCAGCACUUACUUUGGAAAGGGCUACACAGAUCGCGAGUCAUGGUGAGCAGAGUCGCAAGGAAGCCCAGCGGAUCUUGCAGGAGAAUACAGCUGCGUUUGACAAAGUGUUCAAGAAGCCGUUCAAGAGAUCGGCUGGCAAGCCCGCAACUCCCAAGCCCCAAGCUCAAGGGAAGAAUGCAACUACUUGCUUUCGUUGUGGUUCAGCGUACCAUCUGGCCAACUCGCAGGAAUGCAAAGCCAGGUACAAAGAAUUAAGUGCCAGAAAAUUGGGCAUUCCGGAGCCGUAUGGCGAGGUGCAAAAAAGCAGCACCCUGCACCCUGACGUUCACCCUGCAGCCUGCGUCAAUCGAACUUCACGACUAUUCCAGGCAGGAGAUCCCAUUGAGAGGUUGCUGCUAGACUUGCGCAUUGACGGGGCACUCUUACAGUUCCUGGAGACAGAAGUUACAAGCGGUGCUAGCGAGCGAAUAGCAAAGUGCGAGUUUGCGAACCUGUUUUCACCGGAGCUGGGCCUAGCCAAAGGCUACGAGCACAAAGUCAAAGUACGGACAGACGUGCACCUUACAACUACUAAGCUUCGAAUGCUACCCCUACAGAUACGUGACGAUGUGUCUAAAGAACUAAAGAAACUGCUGGAUAUGGACGUCAUUGAGCCUAUUGAUGCAUCGCCGUGGGUAUCGCCACUUGUCGUGACCAAGAAAAAGGAUGGUCGGAUCAGGCUAUGCGUAGAUCUGCGGGCGCCAAACAAAGCUGUCGUGCCAGAUUGCUACCCAUUGCCGAAUAUGGAAGAGCUGCUGCACAAGUUAUCCGGUGCAAAUAUAUUUUCCAAGUUGGACUUAACAGCAGCAUACUACCAGCUCUUACUAGCCGAAGAGAGCAGAGAUCUCACUGCGUUUAUAACGCACGAAGGGCUAUUCCGGUACAAGAGAUUGUGCUUCCGUCUGGCCUCCGCGUCAUCUGCAUUUCAGAAGCUUUUAGCUAAUGUGCUGAAAGGAUGUACAAGAGCGUUACACUAUCUGGACGAUAUCAUCAUAUUUGGGAAGAAUGGAGAGCAUGAACAGAAUCUACGUUCAGUUUUGCAACGGAUCUCUGAUGCUGGGUUACAGUUAAAUCACAAGUGCGUUUUUGGCGUCAACGAACUCUCUUUUAUCGGUCACACAGUAAAGGAAGGAAAACUGUUUCCACUCGAGACCAACGUCAAAGCUAUUUUAGAAGCCCCAGCACCAUCAGAUUUACGUACGCUGAGGUCAUUUCUGGGAAUGAGUGGCCACUACGCCAAAUUCAUAAAGAAUUAUGCACAUGUGGUGGAACCUGUGCGUGAACUGCUGCGAGGCGCAGACGCUUUCCACUGGAUACACGAGCUCAAUUACAAUUUCACUGUCGUCUACAAGAAAGGAAACGAUAACGAAAUUACUGACGCCUUGUCGCGACUGCCACUUCCACAUCAUGCACAGGAGCCCUUCGAAGACGACGUGGUGUGCAUCGUCACAGAAUGCAUCUCAAAGGAGCAGCUCCAGCGUGAGACAACUUCCGACUCAGUAAUGCAGGACGUUCUGCUCCACAUACGAACAGAAUGGCCUUGGAAAGCGUCUCUUCCAGACAACGCUGUGCCGUUCUUCAAGCUUCGCACGGAGCUGUCAGAAGUUGAUGGACCACUGCUGCGCGGGGAUAGGGUUGUUGUGCCACCUGCGUUAGCGUCACGGGUAUUUGGCCUGGCGCAUGAGGUACAUCCGGGCAUAGUGCGUACAAAGCAGCGCUUGCGUCAACUGUACUGGCGGCCUGCGAUGGACCGCCACGUUGAAACUGCUAUCAGGGGCUGCGACAUAUGUCAAACAGCGGACAAGUCCAGGAAGACGGCACCUGCUCCACUCACUUCUGUGAAACUUCCAGAGGGACCUUGGGAAAAGGUCAGCACGGACGUUGUUGGUCCUUUUGAAAAGUUCCCACAGAGCUGCCGGUACAUGAUCACCUUGAUAGACUACCAUAGCCGGUGGCCCGAAAUGUGCUUUUCGAAUACAGUCACAACUUCAACUGUUAUCGUGUUUCUGCGCCAAAUCUUCAGCAGGGAAGGUCACCCCGUUGAAAUUAUGACUGAUAACGGCUGCCAAUUUAUUUCCCACGAGUUUCGUGCUUUUCUCCAAGAACGAGGAAUUCGUCACAUACGCUCCUCAGUCUACCAUCCACAAAGAAAUGGCAUGAUCGAGAGGUUCAACAAGGUACUAAAAAGUUUCGUCCAAGUGGCGCAGUUAGAGAACCGUCCAAUCAAAGAGGCCGUACUGGAAUAUAUCGGGGGUGUAUAG